AUGGAUUACGACACGACGCUUUUUCCAUAUUACGCAAAUUGUGAUUUUGAACCGUUCAUCCCCACGGCAGAACAGAUCGAUGCGUACCUUGAUUCGAAGGAUCCCCUGCUCAACAGGCCGGAUUUUGGCAUACGCGAAAGGUCCUGGCGCAUGGGGCCAUACUUGAUUACAGUCGAGCCUUAUGAAAGAAUAUUCCAGGAAGCCGAGAAUCUCCUCUAUCUUGAGAGGAAUUCCACAGUUAGGACCCCAAAGCUCUAUGCAGCAUUCAAGAAGGAAAGGGUAGAUCCUAUGUACUCACGCGCAAACACGGGAGAUACUUAUGACCCGUUUGAAGAUGAAUCAUCACAUCGAGUAAUGAACUACUACAUGGUUAUGGAAUACUUAGAUGGAUUUAAGUGCGGUUACUUGACGUUAGAUGAAAUCUCAGCAGCAGAGGAGCGUUCAGGAAGUCAGCUCCGAGAGCGAUUGGGAACGAAGAUUGGCGAGCUGUUAGGAGAGCAACUUCGGAAGUUGCGCAGCGUCCCUCCUGAAAAUCCCAAUCAUUAUGGCCGUAUUAAUGGCCGAAGAUACAUGGAAGCGCCACCAUUGUUCUAUACGGACCUCUCUCGCGGUCCGUUCAAGUACGAACAACUAGUAAAACGUCUUUUCGACCAUGCGCAUAAUAGCAACGAACACUCGGAACCCGGAUUUUUUACAAUUCUAGAAGAUAAGCUUUUAGAAAUCGCAAGUUCACAAGAAGCAGCACCUGUGCUCACGACUAUGUCUUGCACACCCGCAGACUUCGCUGUACGGCUCACUAGAGACAAGAACAAUGAGCCUAUAGAUGUAGAGGAAGUGGUUUUGAUCAAAUGGAACCACUUAGCAUGGAUGCCUCCCUGGUAUGAGCCUGGAGGGAUGUAUCACAAGACGCAAGAUCUGAGUGACUUGGUGGCCAGUUCCGCGAUGGAAAGAAUGGGCAAAGCCAACAUGUUUACCGCAGCUUGGUUUGCAGAAUUCAGACGGAAGUCAAAUGAGGCUUGCGGACUUUCCACAUUACGAUACUGGUAG